AUGAGGUUAGCUUCAUUGUUAGCUAACCGGUUGUUCAUGUGGCUGCGAAAUGGUAUGCCGUGUCUUCUAAACCACUAUGCUGCACUCUUCCGUCGGAUGAAGCACAGCAGAUUUACACCAGCUAGCUCUACUCAAUCAUUAAAAACACCUACGCCUGUGAAUGCCGCAGUGUCUGCAUCAAAAGCUUCAGUAGCUUCGUCUUCACUGCCUUCUGAUGCAUUGCCGGCACAUACGAAAAACAUGAAGCUGCCGGUGCAGGAACAUCAUGCAGAAAUAUCAAGUGGUGAAAAGACACCAGAAGAUAAGAUAACGAACCUAGAAGAAGCGACAAAGAAGGUUUCGGAAACGCAACAACCAUCCUCCCAAACGGGGAGUCGUGAUUGGGAAGAAGGGAAGAAAGAGAAGAAGAAAAUUGAACCACAUGUGGUGGAGCUGAAUGAGAAGGAAAAGCUGAUAGCAGAAGGAGCACGAAGAGACAAAGACGACUAUCCAACUAUGGGAGAUAUAAUUAGUGAUUGGGAUACGAAAGACGAAGCAGCUUUAGCGAAGAGAAAAACUGAGAAGACCGAGGAGGAUAGUGCUGAUGAUAAGAGCAAAAAAGAUAUUCGCAACCUUGAGGAGAAAAGCGCACUAGAGACAUCACAGAUGAGCGAGAAAAGAGCAGCUAAGGAGCAUGAAGAAGAUUUGAACAUAAGUGAGAAACGUUCGGCCAAAGAGUUUGAAGAGACUGAAGAGCUCCCGAGAAAGGAGGCUCUGCAUCUAGAGGAAGUGAGGAGAAGGCCUACUUUGAGCAAAAGAAGAAGCAAGGAGGGAAUUGCAAAGCUUGAGGCAGAAGACAUAAGAAAGAUUGCAGCUGAGCUGUUUGGAAAAAAGUCAGAAGAUGAGGAAGAAAUGCCGGUAGUACCUGAAGAAGAAAAGGGUAGAGCAGACGCACGAGAGGCAAGGAAGGAGUUUGACGAAGACCAGAAGAAAAAGAAGCUGAGAGAAUGUCAAAAGGAUAGAGCAGAUUUACAGGAGAAGAAGGAAGCGGUAGACUCAGAACCAAAACAAGACACGCCAAAAAAGGAAGCGUCAGCAUUAAAAGACAUUCCAGAUUCAGUGAUAAGGGACUUUGGCAUUUUCGAGAAAAGACAGAAGAAACCGAAGAGAAUUCUUAUGACCCCAAAGAUAACAGAGCCUGCAGGAAAAAGUGGUUUACGAGAUCUCCCGGUCGUUGAUGAUCAUGGCCUGGGCAAAUACAGCAGGAAAGUAAAACAAAGCGUUGGUUAA